AUGACGGCGGGGAGGCACGGAGGACGAGCCGGUGGUCGCCUGCACCGCCUGCUUGUGCCGGAAGUCCGGCCGGAGGUGCUUUUGCCGGCGUCUUCUUCUUCUGGCAACCUCGCCCGCGACCUACUGAUGUUGGCCACCACUCGAAGCCGCUGCAUCCAGGAUCACUCACGGCAAGAGAUCGAACAGCUGCGGCGUUUGACGGUGGGCUGCGGGAGGGGCUCUCUGUGUUGCCGAGAUGGUGGCGGGGAGGCACUGAUCACGAAUCAGUGUUCCCCUGCCCUGGCUGCUGCUCCCUGCAGUAUGGCCGGAGCUGCUGCCGCUGGCGUCUUUCGGCAACCACACCAUCUUCUACUGCCGGCCUGCACUCUGAGCUGCUACUGCCUCGUGAGGCAAAGCAUGAAGCUUUUUUGCUAAUAACCACAAUGAUCAGCGUACUGUUGAUAAAAGUGGGAACAUACUCCCUG